AUGCGGGAAUCGUCUCCUCCCAGCUUCUCGGAGGCCAUGUCAGACUCCCAGGGCGUUGAUGCAAAGAGCAAAUGGACGCCGAAAUCACUCAUUCAACAUGCUGAGCGCUCCCAUAGUCGCAUACCGGGAGUUCGCAAAAUCCCUUUUCCUGCUCUUGCUAUCAUAUUAUUCAUUGCAUUCAUCAAUAUCGCCGUAUGGAUUGCGGUUGCUGUUGUUCUGGUAACGUCUCUGGUCUCUAAUGCCGUUCUUGCGUACACCCUAGGGUUGAGGCAUGCCUUUGAUGCUGAUCAUAUCUCAGCUAUCGAUUUGAUGACGCGUAGGCUGCUGGCCACGGGACAAAAACCUGUUACUGUGGGAACCUUUUUCUCCCUGGGUCACUCAACCAUUGUCAUCGUCACAUCUAUCGUUGUGGCUGCCACUGCAGCCGCCGUGUCGUCCCGCUUUGACAGCUUCAGUACUGUCGGCGGAAUUAUUGGCACGUCCGUCAGUGCCGCUUUUCUCAUCUUGUUAGGUCUCAUGAACUUCUAUAUCCUGUAUAAACUGUACAAACAGAUGCAGAAAGUUUUAGACCUCCCAGAGGGCCAAGAAGAUGAAGCAUGGAAAAUUGAAGGAGGCGGAGUCCUGUUCAAUGUACUCAAACGGAUGUUCAAAUUGAUUGACCGCCCUUGGAAGAUGUACCCGCUUGGUGUUCUUUUCGGUCUUGGGUUCGAUACAUCUUCGGAGAUAGCCCUCCUUGGAAUUUCCUCUGUUGAAGCUGCGCGGGGCACAGAUUUCUGGGUCAUUCUGAUCUUCCCGAUCCUCUUCACAGCUGGAAUGUGCCUCCUCGAUACCACUGACGGGGCCCUCAUGCUCUCGCUAUACAUUCAGCCCGCUGCUAACUUCCUCCCACCAAAGGAAGGCAGCUCUACCGCCGAGACGCCACUUAUCGGCGAAGAUCACGAAAUUCAGCCCUCACAGAACCACCGCGACCCUAUCGCAUUUUUGUACUACUCCAUCGUGCUAACUUGCUUGACUGUCGUUGUCGCUAUCGUGAUCGGUGUCAUUCAGCUGCUCACUCUGGUGCUCAACGUCGCUGAGCCCACUGGUAAAUUCUGGGAUGGGGUGCAGACAGCCGGAGACUACUACGAUGCUAUUGGUGGUGGGAUCUGUGGGUUAUUCAUCAUCAUUGGUGGUCUAAGUGUUGUCGUAUACAAGCCAUGGAGGAGAUGGGUUGCGAGAAGACACGGAAAGACCAUUGUGACGGACGAAGAGGGAAACCGUGACAAUGUCGCAGCACCAAGAAGCGAGACUCCUAUUCUGGGCGAAGAACGGGGCGGCGCGUCCGGUGCUAGCUACGGUGCUGUCAGUAAGAAAACUGCCUCUCAGCGAUGCUUCUCCACCUGUCCGACUAUCUUCGUGCUGCCUACUCAUCUCAGUCUAGAAUCACUGCAUCAAAUAGAAGAGAGUCUUGUCAGUCGAGAUGCAAGCCUAACAUACGAUGUUUCCGAGGCGAGAUUGAUUCUCGGCAAAAUCGGACAGAAGAAACGGGCCGCUCUGGAGCUAAGAUCCCGUGGUGUAUGGACAGAGGACCUUGACCUUUCGACUCCGACAGUCCUAACGAAGAGAGGUGGCAUCCAUGAACCCACUCCGCGACCUGUGGAAGUCGUCACGGAGGUGGACGUGGUUGACCUCAGUACGGAGACAGAGAGUGAAGAAGACGGCGUGCGAAGCAAACAUGGCACCGGCAAACAUUUAAAGCGACCAAGACCAAGGUCCCGAGCAGAUAUACUCCGAGUUGUCCGUUUAGAAUGGUUAGACCGAUGUGUUGAAGCAAAAGAGCUUUUGCCCUUUGACCCGUACGUGGUAUACGAAGCUCGCAAGGUCGAGCGCCCUGCCACUAAACCGAAUGUCACAGAGGCAGGAGGCUCCCAGGCAAGCGAUAUACUACAAAGGGCAAAGAAAGACACCCUUCUCAAGCCACCCCCGGCACCAUCUAACCGGUUCUCUCGCCGAACCCACGAAGCACCAUCUAGCCAACAUCGCCCACCAAAACUAUACCGACAGACUACAUCCGAAAACGAAGAAACAGCCCCCUUGCCGCCAGCCCCAGACUGGGUCAAGGACCAUACCCUGUACGCCUGCAUGCGAUCCGCGCCUCUCCACCCACCCAACGAAAGAUUCAUCAACCAACUAGUCAAAAUCCGUAAAAUCCGAGAGCUAACUCUCGACGAAAUUGGCGUGCGAGCUUAUAGCACCUCCAUCGCAUCAAUAGCCGCCUACCCGUACGAAUUCCGCCGUCCAUCCGAAAUCCUCACCCUACCGGGCUGCGAUAACAAGAUCGCCAACCUCUUCGCCGAAUACCAGCAAAGCGAAGAUGGCACCCUUGAAGCUGCGACGGCACUAGACACAGACCCGGUCCUCAGAGUCCUAAACGAAUUCUACAAUAUAUGGGGCGUAGGCGCCAAAACAGCCCGUGACUUCUAUUACUACCGCCAAUGGCGAGAUCUAGAUGAUGUAGUCGAACACGGCUGGGACAGCCUCUCCCGCGUGCAGCAGAUCGGCGUGAAAUACUACGACGAGUUCCUGCAGGGUAUCCCUCGCCACGAAGUUGAGGAUAUUGCCAAGAUCAUCCAUCGCCACGCUAAUCUCGUCCGUCCAGAUGCCCGAUACGACGGCCGUGGAGUUGAAUGUAUUGUGGUGGGUGGGUAUCGACGUGGGAAGGAGGUCAGCGGGGAUGUUGAUCUUAUCCUGUCUCACCGUGAAGAGUCCGUAACGAAGAACCUGGUCGUCGAUAUCGUCGGUAGCCUCGAAUCAGAAGGCUGGAUCACACAUACUCUAGCCUUGCAUAUGACCACAUCCAAUCGAGAUCAACAGACUCUACCCUACAAGGGAGACGAUACAGGGAAACACUUCGACAGUCUAGACAAAGCUCUUGUCGUAUGGCAAGACCCGAACUUCGAUGACGACUCAGACCCCACUCCAUCGUCUGAUGCAGAUGCUGAAGAACAAUCUCGCCAGAAACGGAAACGUAACCCUAACCCCCACCGCCGUGUGGAUAUCAUCAUAUCCCCCUGGCGCACCGUCGGAUGUGCCAUCCUCGGCUGGUCGGGCGAUACUACCUUCGAACGGGAUCUGCGCCGAUACGCGAAGAAAUCACGGGGAUGGAAAUUUGAUUCCAGUGGGGUUAGGGAACGUACUACUGGAGGACAAGUGAUUGAUCUUGAGCGAGAGGGGAGAACGUGGGAAGAAAGGGAAAGAGGUGUUAUGGAGGGUUUGGGGGUUGGUUGGAGGCCUGCUGGGGAGAGGUGUACAAGAUAG